AUGAUCAACGACAACGAUCUCGAUACUCUGUUUUGCGCUAUCAAGGACCUACACACAUUCAAAUAUGAGUACGGCUUUCCGAACAACUCUGAGGGCUCUUGUCGAGCAUCUCGACCUGGAUACGAAGAAUGGGACAUUCGCGCAGUCAUUGAUAUUCUAUUCACUCACGCUCGCCACAGCCGCGCCGUGUUGGAUUUGACAAUGACUGACAAUCAAGAAUAUCUCACGGGCAUCGCUUCGCUGGCAGAAUCUUUGUCGGUUCUCUCAAACGAUUCCGUAGGCUGGAGAAGCUAA